CUGAGCUUCUUACGCAGCGCAAUUGUCUUCAGGUUUAAGAAUUUCGAAUGCAAAACUUACAACCAAUCGUGGUUCGUUUUCCACAAUUGCCGUCUAAAGGCUGUUAGUCGUGAUAGGGUUUUGUUCAAUAUGAAGGGAACUGUUCUUCACCCGGCCCAUAAUAUACAGCUCCAUACCAAGAUGUUUAAAAGGGCCAGUGGUUUUAAGCCGUGGUUAAUGGACUCCACUAUAGAUGCCUGCCGGUUUAUGCGCAAGCAGUAUGAUCCAUUCGUACGCAUCGUCUUUAAUAUUGUCAAAGACUUUUCGAACUUUAAUCACCCCUGUCCCUUCGUGGGUCCGCAAGUUGUGAAGGAUUUUUAUCUGAGACCGGAACUAUUAAUGCUGCCCUUUCCAACUGGGGAGUACUUGUUGACAAUGCAGUGGUACUUCGAUAGGAAGCUACAGUACGCUACCAACGUCACUUUUAUUUUUGAGGAGGAUCUACUCACAAGGUCUUAG